ACAACUCCACGUAGAAAGUUGGCUUCUGCUGCCGUCUGCGGUCUGGGAUUCUGCAUAUAUAGGGCGGAGACUUUAGCUGAUUGCAGGACUCAACUCCCGCCAGUUUCUCCCUCCGUUCCCAACGACCAUGGCUCCCCCAGCCCUCCUGGUCGGUCUCUGCCUGCUGCUGGUCGGCAUCCUGCCUUCCCUGCACGCCUGCCCCCAGAACUGUCACUGCCACGGCGGAGACUUACAGCAUGUCAUCUGCGACAACGUGGGGCUGCGCAAGAUCCCAAAGGUGUCCGAGAAGACCCGGCUACUCAACUUGCAGCGCAACAACUUCCCAGUGCUGGCCGCUAACUCCUUCAAAGCCACCCCGGCCCUGGUCUCCCUGCAUCUCCAACACUGUCAGGUGCGUGAAAUAGCUGCAGGCGCUUUCCGAGGCCUCAAGCAGCUCAUCUACCUGUACCUGUCCAACAAUGACAUUCGGGUGCUGCGCAGUGGAGCCUUUGACGACCUCACUGAGCUCACCUACCUCUACCUGGACCACAACAAGGUGAGCGAGCUGCCGCGUGGACUGCUCUCCCCUCUAGUCAACCUCUUCAUCCUUCAGCUGAGUAGCAACAAAAUUCGAGAGUUACGCCCGGGAGCCUUCCAGGGUGCCAAGGACCUGCGUUGGCUCUACCUGUCGGACAAUGCCCUGACCACCCUGCAUCCUGGAGCUCUGGACGACGUGGAGAACCUUGCAAAAUUCCAUCUGGACAAGAAUCAGCUUUCCACUUACCCCACUGCUGCCCUGAGCAAGCUGAGAGUGGUGGAGGAAUUCAAGUUGUCUCACAACCCACUUAAGGUCAUUCCAGACCAAGCCUUCCAGUCUUUUGGACGAUACUUGGAGACCCUCAUCCUGGACAACAUGAAUCUGGAGAAGUUCUCUGAUGGUGCUUUCUUGGGUGUGACCACCCUAAAACAUGUCCACUUGGAAAACAACCGGUUGAGCCAGCUGCCCGCUAACUUUCCUUUUGAUGGUUUGGAGACACUGACCCUGGCCAAUAAUCCCUGGAAGUGCACUUGCCAGCUCCAUGGCCUUCGAAGGUGGCUGGAGGCCAAAACCUCACGCCCUGAUGCAACAUGUGCAUCUCCCACUAAGUUCCGAGGUCAACACAUCCGGGAGACGGCAGCCUUCCGAGGCUGUAAAUUCCCCACCAAGAGAUCUAAGAAAGCCAGCCGUCAUUAAACAGCCCUACCAUGGAGAGAGAGCCUCUUCCCCCUUGGCCCUGCCCUCGGGAAUCUCCAGCAGGAUACCUGUGCUUUGCUGACUGGCCCUCCCUAUGUUAUAUUUUUCUCCCUCCUAGAUUUAUAUAAAUACACAUGUAUAAUAUUUAUCUCUCACCUGUGUCAAUGACUUA